AUGUCUGACUCGAAGUCUGGAAAGAUCGCUGCCGAGGACGUAGCUCGUGCAGUUCAUGUUAAUCAUCGCCCCGGGCUUAUGAACUUGGGAAAUACUUGCUACAUAAAUAGCGCCCUACAAGCAUUGUCGAUGACGCCCGACUUUUGCCGUAACCUAUUGCUCUCCGAGUGUCCGGCUCCAAUUGUUGUCCACUUGCAACGCUUGAUUGCAAUGAUGCAUUAUUCGCAUUACAACAACGUUAUGCCCUCAUCGGUGCUGCUCUUCAGGAACAAUCCGAUGUUCCCAGCUGGCGAGCAACAGGACUGUUCGGAGUAUUUGGCUCACUUGCUCAAUUCGUUGAACGACGGCGAGAGAACCGAGGGAUUUGUGCCUGCAUUGGACGAUCAAGUUCAUAACUUUACCAUCGCAGACAAGUCAUUCUCUGGACAGCUGACAAAUAUUUAUAAAUGCCUUGUUUGCUCGCAUGAGAGCCGCAUUCAGAAUAGGUUCCGCGAGCUGCAGCUCGCCUUUCCUGACUGCGGUGGAAAUCGUAAGGAAUCUUUCACUGUGCAGAGUCUGAUCGAGUACAACAGCGCGUCCGACAUUCUCGAUGGCGAUGAUAAAUAUGCGUGCCCAUCGUGUGCCACCUAUUGCAUGGGUGAGCAUCAGACGGUGAUCACACAGGGGCCACGCAACCUCAUUAUCACUCUCAAGCGCUUCGGCUACGACAAGGCAACCCAUCAACAUACUAAGCUUAUGAACAAGGUCUACCCAAAUAACACGAUUACACUGACACAAUACAAUAGCACAAUGCAUGAAGUCACUAUCUUGGUUUAUCGCCUUUAUGCUAUUGUAAUACACGACGGUGGCACGAUAAACUCGGGUCAUUACUAUGCACUGGCGCGGGAUGCGGAGCUUCGAUGGGUCAGGUUCAGCGACGACGUGGUCUCUUUCAUGAAGUGCCCGGAAAUUCGUCAGCUAAGGACCAGGGACACCGCGCAUAUGCUGUUCUAUGCUUUGAGCGCAGUAAAGGGCACGGCCUCGCCAGAGGAUAAGGAAAAUGCGAUGCCACUAUCGCCGGAGGAACCGCUUGUCCUUGAAGAACUUCCGGCUGGACUGCUCGACUUCGUGAAGCCAUAUUUGGGAGGUCAACCGCCAAGCCAGUCUUAG